AUGGCGUCAGACGAAUCUCAGACCUCCCGAAAGCCCGUCAUUAUUGUCGGCGCCGGACUUGCCGGCCUUGUGGCCGCCUUCGAACUCGCCGAGCGGAACGUGCCGACGUUGCUCCUCGACCAGGAGAAUGAGGCCAACCUUGGUGGGCAGGCCUUUUGGUCCCUAGGUGGCCUCUUCUGCGUCAAUUCGACCGAGCAGCGGAAGAUGGGCAUCAAGGACUCUCGUGAGCUAGCCAUGCGUGAUUGGUUCGGGUCCGCCCGCUUCGACCGCGAGAAGGAGGAUUACUGGCCGCGCAAGUGGGCUGAAGCCUUCGUCAACUUUGCCACCGACGAGAUGGAGAGCUACGUCAAGGCUCGCGGGGUGAAGUUUCUGAUGAAUGUCGGUUGGGCGGAGCGCGGUGAUGGACGGGCAGACGGCCACGGCAACUCGGUUCCAAGAUUCCACAUCACAUGGGGUACCGGCCCCGAAGUUGUGCGCGUCUUUGCUGAGCCGGUCAAGGAGGCUGAGAAGAAAGGCAUCGUCGAGUUCAAGUUCCGUCACAUGGUGGAUAAACUGCUGGUGGACGAGACGGGGCGUGCUGCCGGCGUCAAAGGGCGGGUUCUCGAGCCAGACGACUCUCCCAGGGGCGUCAAGUCGUCGAGGACAGUGGUAGGCGAAUUUGAGAUCUACGGAUCUGCCGUGCUCGUCUCAUCUGGUGGGAUCGGCGGCGACGUCGAGAAGGUCAAGGCGAACUGGCCAGUUGACCGCCUGGGCCCAAAAGUCCCCAAGAACUUUGUCAUUGGCGUGCCCGCACAUGUCGACGGCCGCAUGAUCGACAUCACAGAGGCCGCCGGCGCCAACAUCAUCAACCGUGACAGGAUGUGGCACUAUACCGAGGGUCUCGCCAACUGGAACCCCAUUUGGCCGGGGCACGGCAUCCGGGUACUCCCAGCGCCCUCGUCUCUCUGGCUAGACGCAACCGGCAAGCGUCUGCCUCCGUUCCUGUUCCCGGGCUGUGACACGCUCGCCACACUCAAGUACAUCUGCAGCACGGGAUACGAUUACACAUGGUUCAUCGCCGACCAGACCAUCGUCGCUCGCGAGUUUGCGCUCUCAGGCUCGGAGCAGAACCCGGAUAUUACGGGCAAGAGCCUCUGGCAAUUCAUUAUGCAACGCCUCUUCAGUCCAAAGGGUACAGUGCCAGUGCAAAACUUUGUCAAGUACGGCGCCGACUUUGUCGUAAGAGACAACCUCGAGGACCUGGUGGCGGGCAUGAACGAACUCGCAGCCAAGAUUGGGGGGCCUCAACUCGAUUACGCCAAGGUCAAGGAAGUGGUGGAAACGAGAGAUGGCCAAUUCGACAACACGUACUCAAAAGACGCACAGGCGAUGCUCAUACACAGCGCGCGGACUUACUGGCCUGACAAGAGAAGCCGAAUUGCGACCCCGCACCGCCUUCUCGACACGGCCAAACACGGCCCGCUGAUUGCUGUGCACAUGAACCUCUUGACUCGCAAGACAUUGGGUGGGAUCGAAACCAACCUCGAUUCCAACGUCAUGCGCGCUGACGGUACUCCGUUCCCCGGUCUGUAUGCAGCUGGAGAGGCGGCUGGGUUUGGAGGAGGCGGUGUGCACGGCUACAGUUCGCUUGAGGGCACCUUUUUGGGCGGGUGCAUUUUCUCCGGACGCGCCGCAGGACGAGCCAUAGCUAAUGAGGUCCUGGGAACCACGAGUGGCAACUGA